CACAAACCGUCAAUCUUUUUUAGUUCUUUUUUUUUUUUAACUAGUUCUUUUUUCUUUUCUUUUUGCUUUUUGAUUAAUUAAUAUGGUGUCUCGUUUACCCUUUGAACUUAUUGAAAAAAUUGACCGACACUUGUGCUCCAUUGACAGAUAUCAAUUGGUCCUUGCCAAUCGGCUCUUCUACCGAACCUUUAUCACUCUACUUUACCGAUCCAUCACUAUCCAAACAAACAAGGAGUAUAAACAGCUCAUCAAUGUACUCAGUAACAGUGCAUCUUCUCCCUUUCCCCUGGGAGGAUACACACGUACCCUUCAGAUCCUCCUGGAAAAACUAGAUCAAAAGGAACUAGAAAAGGUGCAACAAUUAUGUCCAUACGUACAAUCUGUCCAUAUCGAUGGUCGGAUCUGGCACAGUUAUCUCAACGAGACCAUCACUGACAUUUCCAUGCAACAAAAGUUUCUUUCUGUGUACGGUUCUUGUAAACUGUCUUGCCUUACAUUGGACCUAUUCUCGAUAGACAUGGAUAUUGAAGUGUUGGUAGGUUACACACCCAAUUUAAGGAAUCUCACGAUCAUGGGAAUUUAUCAAGUCAUUACUGUUGACCUUGUAGAAUCGAUAGGAGCAGCCUGUAUGUAUCUACAAAAUAUCUCUUUGGAUGGUAUUCAUGCAGAGGCCAUAUGGACCGGUGGUCCUAUCGUCUCCAGUGACAUCAGAUCAUUUAAGCUCAAGUGUCAAUUUGGUGCUGACAGGUAUCAAGAUUGGUUACCUUACAUCAGUAUGAAAUAUCCCAAACUUGUCUCAUGCUAUUUUCAUCAUGCUGGUCAAGGAAAAGAUUUGAUUGCCCCUUGUUCAGCACACAUCUACCGUCAAUUUAUCCAACGUUGCCCCCUGAUAAAACAUAUGGGUUGGCAUAAUAUUGAACCCGAUUUCCAAUACUUUCAACAAUUGGAUCAAAUGAAAAACCAAAGUUUAACACAAUUAGAUAUUUACGAUACCAUUUCAGUGUCCUGGUUAUUAUCAUCCUCCCUAUUUGGUAGUUGCCAUUCUAUAUUGCAAAAUGUCGUUCAACUACGGUUUGGCUCAGUACCACAAGAUAUGAGCUCGUAUGAACUGAUAUUGGCAAUCCAUCAAGCGUGUCCACAACUCGUCCAUUUGAGCCUUGCAGAACCUAGAUGUAACUUAUCAAACCCAUUUCGUAUCAAUCAUAUUUUGGAACAGUGUCAACGGCUACAAAGUUUAGAAUUGGAUCAUAUCGUCUUGCGGGUAUCGAUGGAUUGCAGUGUAGUGAAGCAGCAUCCACUAAAAAGCUUGACGAUGCGUCAUUGUUCUUCCUUUAACGGAGUGUUUGAUUACAUGUCACCUCGGUGUUUAGAGUUGGAAUCCUUGUCGUUAUUUGCCCAUUUACAAAAGGAUCGACGGCAUAAGGUACAGAUUCACAUGCCGUAUCAAAAAUUUAAAACCGUUGCCCUACAUGGUUUACGUACGGAAUCGUAUGAUGCAGAACGGCGAAUUCGAUUCUUUUCUGUAGUGGCGCAAGGAUGUGUGGGUCAAUGGAGGUUCAUGCAAAAGUAUGAGAUUGUAAACGAGAUGGAAAGGGCAGAGGAAUGGAAAAUGUUGACCUGUGUUGAAAAGGAGUUUUUGGAAUCUUUACUUGAAGGCCCGCCAACGCUUAUUUUUGGGCAUGAUAUUCAUACCACAGGUUAUGUGGACUUUGUUUGUAAAUCUGUUGGCAGAUUAUAUCUUAAUAAGAAACUUGCUACAAUAUAGAAAAAAUUAAAAUAAAACUGUAAAACUAUGA